AUGCAAGUUGACUCCUGUUUUAAGGUAAACAUCAAUCCGACUCCAUCAGUCUCGGCCAUGGUCAAUCGAAUCAAUGCGGCCGAUUGGCAUUCCUCCUCCUCCUCCUCCUCGCCCGCAAACUCCAACUCCCGGACAGUGCACAAAACUGAACCGAUCGCACGAAGUUCGAUCACGAAUCAAUCAAACUCAUCCAUUACCGGGACCAGUGCGGAUAAAGAUCCUGAUGAUCCAAAGAACUACCUAAGCGAACUGGAUAGUGUGAUUAAGGAGUUGUGUGAGGCGAACGAAGCCGCAGUGCAGGCAACUCGAGAGGCGGCCCGUCGAAGGCAUCAAUUAGGUUGGCCAAAUCAGAGGAAUGAGACCGUCCUAACAUCGAGUGGGCGACAAUCCACGAACACGUGA